ACGAGAUGACUGCAGGCUCAUUUUUAAAGAGAUCAAAACAAAAUCAACAGUUCAAUAAUAAUCUAAUAAUUUAUCUGCAAAAACAUGCUUCGAUACUUAAACAGAUUGCACUUCAAUCAAUGCCAGAUAUCUACUGUCUUCCUAUCAAGAUCCUUCAGUAGAAGUCCUGUUAGUCGUAAAGAAGACUCGUUAACCGUAUGCAAUCAAGAUAAAGGCAUAAGAAGAAUCAUUCUUAACAACCCAAAGAAGAGAAAUGCUCUCUCGUUAGACAUGCUGAAUGCCAUCAAGGCGAACCUCUUGCACAAUUUGGAUAAUGAACUAAGGGUUAUAAUAUUGUCAGCCAAUGGCCCAGUGUUCUCGUCUGGUCAUGACUUGAAGGAACUGUCAGAAGAACGAAGUACAGAGUAUCACCAACAAGUGUUCCACAGGUGUACAGAAGUUAUGACUCUCAUUCAGGAUAUACCUUAUCCAGUGAUUGCACAAGUAAAUGGUCUUGCAACAGCUGCUGGGUGCCAACUGGUUGCCAGCUGUGAUAUUGCAGUGGCUUCCGAGAAGAGUCAGUUUGCAACUCCAGGAGUAAAUAUUGGCCUAUUCUGCUCCACUCCUGGUGUUGCAUUAUCCAGAGCAGUGCCUCGUAAGGUUGCCAUGGAGAUGUUGUUAACAGGCCAUCCUAUCUCAUCUCAAGAAGCACUUAUCCAUGGACUACUAAGCAAAGUUGUGGCAGAAGAUUCACUUGGAGAUGAGGUAAACAAGAUAGCCACCAAAAUAUGCGAGACCAGUCAACCUGUGGUUGCCAUAGGAAAAGGUUGUUUUUAUUCCCAAGUUGCAAUGAACAGAGAUGAUGCCUACAGCCAAGCAGGAGCUGUGAUGGUAGAGAAUCUCAAGUUGUCUGAUGGAAAAGAGGGAAUCAAGGCAUUCCUGGAAAAAAGAAAGCCCAUCUGGUCGCACAAGACUGACUGCCAUUAAACGCUAUUAAUUAAAGAGAACUAUUAGCAUUAAGGUCGCCAUUAGCCGUUCUGAGGUUCAGGGGGAAAAUGGGUCGAGUUUGCAUUGCAUUGUGGUUAUGUUUGAGAGACGAAAUAGACGCCAUCAUUGGGGAUUCACAGUAAACAUUUCUAAGGGACUCUAGCCCUCCCUCGUUUCAUUCAUUAAGAAUUUUAUGACGCUCCUAUUGAAUCAACAAUGAAAAGCUUUCGUCAGAAUAAAAAGGCUCGGCCUGCCAAAAAAGUUAAUUUUUUUACUGAUGACCUUCCCUUUUGAAGCACCAGUCAUCCCCCCACCCCCACCCCCUAAUAAAACACGUACCUUCCCUUAGACUAGCAAAAAAACACCUGUUCUCAAAAARGAAAAACGAAUCGUUGCGAUUGGUUAAAAAGGUGCAAUGGAAAGGAAUUUGUAUUAUUUUGAAAAAAUCACUGUACACCGUGACGGUCUACAAUUAAGAAAUAAAUACCAGCUGUCUGCUAGCUAUA